AUGGACAGCUGGGACCCAUCCCGAGUAGCUGAAAAGGGGGAUGUGAAGGGACAAUCGAUUUCCCAAAAUCCAGCUACUGACGAGCCAAUAUCCCCACGGGACUACGAUGGCCACGGGACCCACACCGCAAGCACUGCUGCCGGGUCCCCUGUCCAAGGCGCCAACCUGCUGGGCUCCGCUAGCGGGACGGCGCAGGGGAUGGCAUCCACUGCUCGGGUCGCAUCAUACAAAGUCUGCUGGAUACAAUUCUGUUUCAGUUCCGACAUACUGGCAGGUAUGGACCGUGCCAUCAAAGAUGGCGUCCACGUGUUGUCGUUGUCGGUGGGUGGCGGUCCACUUGAUUACGACGAGAGUUUGAUCUCAAUUGGAGCUUUCGCUGCAACUCAUAGAGGCAUCCUCGUUUCGUGCUCCGCAGGAAACAGUGGCCCCGACCCGUACAGCACGGAAAACAAUGCACCGUGGAUAACGACCGUCGGUGCGGGGACCCUUGACCGCGACUUCCCGGCGGAUGUCAUGCUCGGGGACAGAACGACUUACGCCGGCACCUCACUCUACAGCCUUCGAAAGCCACUGUCCGGUGAUCUCGUGUACGCUGGAUAUGUGAGCAACAACGGCAGCAAUCUUUGCAUUAACGGGACCCUCAUCCCAGAGAAAGUUCGAAAUAAGAUUGUGUUGUGUGACCGUGGGGUGAAUCCCAGAGUUGAGAAAGGCGCAGUGGUGAAAGAAGCUGGGGGUUUAGGGAUGAUUUUGGCUAAUACUGACAAGGAAGGAGAGGAGCUGGUAGCAGACGCUCACAUGAUCCCGGCCACGAUGGUCGGCGCAAAGUCGGGGCGUGGAAUAAGAAGAGUUGAGAAAGGCGCAGUGGUGAAAGAAGCUGGGGGUUUAGGGAUGAUUUUGGCUAAUACUGACAAGGAAGGAGAGGAGCUGGUAGCAGACGCUCACAUGAUCCCGGCCACGAUGGUCGGCGCAAAGUCGGGGCGUGGGAUAAGAAGGUAUUUGUUGUCCUAUAGAUCCAAUGCCAAGGCCACCAUUAUGUUGCGAGGGAUAACUAGGGUGGACGUCAAGCCUUCCCCGGUUGUCGCAGCCUUCAGCUCUAGGGGACCCAACGUUAUCACCCCUGAAAUCCUAAAACCGGACCUCAUUGCGCCCGGGGUGAGCAUCCUAGCUGGAUGGACAGAUGCUGAGGGUCCCACCAGCUUAGAUAUCGACAAACGCAAAGUUUUAUUCAACAUAAUCUCUGGCACGUCCAUGUCGUGCCCCCACGUCAGCGGCCUCGCGGCCCUGCUAAAGGCGGCCCACCCUGAGUGGAGCCCUGCCGCCAUUCGUUCGGCUCUCAUGACCACGGCUUACUCCAAUUACGAGGACGGGAGCCCGUUGCUGGAUGCAGCCACCAGCAACGCAUCCACCCCAUUCGAUCAUUGUUCCGGGCAUGUGUCCCCUAUCACCGCCCUCAACCCAGGCCUAGUCUACAACCUAACCACGAACGAUUAUUUGAACUUUCUCUGUGCAAUAAAUUAUACUUCUUCUCGAAUCAAGACCCUAGCAGGGAAAACAAAAAAAUUCCGUUGCCAGCCCAAAAAAUUAUACAGCGUCUACGACCUCAAUUACCCUUCCUUUGCAGCCACCAUUCCCCCAUCUGGAAAUUGUAAAACAACCGUGGUUUUUAGGAGAACACUCACAAACGUGGGAGAAAAUGGGACGACAUACCGAGUCUCGAUAUAUUCACCAAGACCGUCAGCCAUGAUUUCUGUUACUCCUAAAACAUUGGUUUUCGGCCAAAAGAACGAAGCAAAGUCUUACAAGUUGACGGUGGUAGCAACCCAGAUGUCGCCCGGUACAAACGCGUUCGGCAGAAUCGAAUGGUCGGAUGGGAAUAAUGUGGUGGGGAGUCCAGUUGUUGUUAGUUGGAUCAACGCUACUCAGGAUUAA